AUGAAUGAAGAAAUGUUUGACACAUUACUUAAUAAAGUUUCUAAACAGAUCCAAAAAGAGGAUACAGUUAUGAGGAAUGCUCUCCCAGCAAAUUUAAAAUUACAAGUUGCUUGUAGAUUUUUAGCUACAGGGGACUCACUUGCGUUUCUACAGUAUUUAUAUAAGGUACCAAAAUGUAGCAUAAGUAAAUUCCUACCAGAUGUUUUUGACGCUAUUUAUGAAGCAUUGCAGGAUUAUAUCACGGUACCACAAAAAGAAAGUGAAUGGCAAGAUAUUAUUAACGAAUUUGAACUUAAAUGGAACUUUCCGUCUUGCAUAGGAGCAAUUGACGGUAAACACGUAGUCAUUCAAUGCCCUAGUAAUACUGGUUCUCAGUAUUAUAACUACAAAGGAACUUUCAGCAUAGUGCUUUUAGCCUUAGUUGAUGGAAAUUAUAAUUUUACUUGUAUUGACAUCGGUAGUUAUGGAAGUCAAUCUGAUGGGGGAAUAUUUGCUAAGUCUAAUUUAAUGAAAGCAAUUGAAACUAAACAAUUAAAAAUUCCAGAAAAUAGUGUGAUUGUUGGCGAUGAUGCGUUCCCUUUAAAAAGUUAUUUAAUGAAGCCAUAUCCAAGAAUAUUUCAACAAACGGAUAGAGAAAAAAUUUACAACUAUAGGCAUUGCAGAGCUAGGUGUAUUGUGGAAAACGCAUUCGGCAUAAUGGCCAGCCGUUUUCGAGUGUUCAGAAAAUCUAUACUUCUUGCUCCACAGACAACCAUGCAAUUAAUUAAAGCUUCCUGUGCCUUACACAAUUGGAUAAGAAAAAGCAACAGUACUAGUUCAAUAUCGGUUGAUAUAGAAGAUUACGAAAGUGGAUAUAUAAUUCCUGGGACGUGGCGAAAUGAUGUGGGAUCUGAGGGCAUUGUACCUUUACGUGCCACACAAGAAAGACAUUUCAUUCAUGAAGCUCGUCAGAAAAGAGAAGAAUUAGCGGAUUAUUUUAUAGGAGAAGGAGCAGUUAAUUGGCAGCAUAAUACAAAACAUUGA